UUAGGUGCGCAACAGAAGGUUUCCCGCCCCUUUCUUCUCUUCCCUACCUGUUUGUUGGGACAGAUGAUACGGUGUGAUGCUUAAAAUUCUCUUUCUGUCAAUACGAUGCUGAAUGGAAGAACAAACGGAUAUUUCGCCCAACUACUUCAAAAAAGUGCGCGGUUCCGACCCACGGCUUGCAACAUGCCGUGGCAAACUCCAGAACCAGCGGGCUAAGCUCAACCAGGAGAUUAACAAGCAGAUCAUGAUCAGGAAUGGAGCAGAAAGACUUUACAAAGUGACGACGAACAAGAAGCUUCGCGAGACGGUUGCCUUGGAGUUGAGCUUCGUCAACUCCAACCUGCAGCUGCUCAAGGAACAACUGGCGGAUCUGAACAGUUCCGUCAAUAUAUACCAGAACAAAAGUACUCCUCAAGUUGUGCCAAUGAUUCCCUUAGGACUUAAAGAGACUAAGGAGAUCGAUUUUAAAGACAUUUUGAAAGACUUUAUUCUUGAACACUAUAGCGAAGACAGUAGUAAAUAUGAAAAAGCUAUUAAAGAAUUUAUGGACAUAAGACAGGCUGUGCGGACACCAACAAGAGAUCACAACGGUGUCAAACUCCUGUUUGGUUAUUACAAUUUACUCUACUUUAUCGACAGGCGAUUUUUUCCUCCGCAUAGAAAUAUGGGAAUCUUUUUUGAGUGGUUCGACUCACUGACUGGGGUGCCGAGUACGCAAAAGACGAUAGCAUUCGAGAAGGCUAGCGUCCUCUUCAACAUUGCUGCUCUGUACACUCAAAUUGCUGCCAAACAGGACCGCCUCACCAGCAGUGGAGUAGACGCGGCAGUGGACAACUUUCUGAGAGCUGCUGGCAUGUUUCGAUACAUCCGCGACAACUUCAGCAACGCCCCCAGCAUGGACCUCUCUCCGGGCACCCUGGACACGCUCAUACAACUCAUGCUGGCCCAGGCUCGGGAAUGUCUUUUUGAAAAGCUCAUUCCAGGAGUGGAAAAGUUGGGCCUUCAGCCUUGUCUGGAAGUGGCACAAGAAGCAGAGCAAGUGUCUAGUGUGUACCGAACCGUUCACAAAGUCAUGAGCAGCAGUUCCGUCAAAGACUAUGUGCCCUACUCUUGGAUAAGUUUGCUCCUGGUCAAAUCGGAGCACUACAGAGCACUGGGACAUCACUACGCAGCCGUAGGACUUCUGGAACACAAUGGUGAGAUAGACAAGGAGGCAGAGGCCUACCUGGAGUACGUGCAUUGCCCCGAUGCCAAUAACAGUUCGACAUGCAUCGACAUCCGGGUACCCCACACGACUGAAGAAAGGCGGCAAUUGGGUAAAGCGCACCUGCGAGCCUCACUACUCUUGCACGAGGAGGGUCUUCGCCUUCACCGCAUGUGCCGCCAACUAAGGCAGAUCGACAACCUGCAGGAGAGAUUGAGGAUGGCCCAUGACGCCUCCCUCGACAGAUACCAGAGGUGCGAGCAGGAGGACGAUUUUCAGGAGAUACUUGACGCACCCCCCAUACAAGCGGCUACUAAAUAUCAACUGACAUUGAUGCCUCCUGAAUUCAAUGAAUAUCAAGUGGAUGAUCUUUUCCACGAUUUGGGCCCUCUGAAGGUAUUUAGCGCCCGUCGUCAGUGGACGGCAGCCAGGACUGUCCACCUGAGGAAGGACGCUGAUGAAAAUUUUGGAUUCAGUGUGAGGGGUGAUGCACCCGUUAUCGUCGCGGCCAUCGAUGACAGAAGCAUAGCUCAGGAGGCCGGUAUGAAGGAGGGAGACUUCAUCGUGUACAUUGGUAACACAGACACCAAGUGGAUGGGCCACGAGGAGGUGGUGCGGCUCAUCCGAGAAGCUGGAAACGAACUCACCCUCAAGGUGGUCACGCCCAUCGACCACGACUACCUCCACCCCAAGAGUAACGGCUCCUCCACCGCCAGCAGCCCGGCGUCCAACGCCUCCACCCUCAGUUCCACGGACCUGAGCCGGGUCCACCUCCGCAGCAACUCCAAUCCCUUUUCCAAGGACAAGAGGCGACGGGCAACGUGGAACUUCUUCAGGCGCAGUCAGUCCAAAGAGAGGCAGUUCCCCAUUAUCAGUGACGUGGUCUACAGAUAGAGAAAGCGAAUGGAGUGUCUUCCAAACAACCAAAUUGGUUUCGUAAAAGCAGAUGCUCUUAGGAACUAAGACAUUAAAAAAUAAUCGAUUGAAUAAUUUCUUGAAACCUCUCUAACAUGCGUUGAAAUAUGCAGCUACCCACAAGAGAAUGAAGCUAUAUAAAUAGUCAUUUGUUUGAAUAUGAAUGAAGUUUUAUAAAUAAUCGGUUGUUUGAAGUUAUAUGAAUAGAAUGUGAAUUCAAUCACUUUGGAUUUCAUAAAAUUCUAAGCCUUCGCAUGUAACAAUGUCUGUCUCUUGUAUCAAAUUACAAAAUUGUUAAUUCAAAUCUGCAAUGAAGACAAAGUUAGUAUUUUACUCCAAAGUCAGUAUUCAUUUGGAAAUGUUUACAUAUCAUUUACUUCCAUUUGAGUACUGUAAUAACAAGAAAUGUCCCAAAUAAGAUAUAUCAUCUAAUUAGAAGGCUAGAUAAAUUUGUAAGGCAAGCAGAUAGACCUGAAAUGUAUUCAAUAUCUGAGAAAAUAAUUAAAUGUCAUUUUCGAAUCUCAAAUGAAUACAUCGAUUCUUACCUGCUGAUUAACAAAUAUAUCUAGCAAGUAUUUCUCUAAAAAAAUCAUUACUGUCUAUUUUCCAAAGGUCUAAUCAUGUCAGAAUAAGUUAUAUUUAAAUUAAACUAAACAAUUUUUGACUUAUAAUAAUACUGAAACAAUUAUUUGUGCAACAUACUUGGGCCUUGAAUUCCACACAUCUAAUUAAUAUUAGAGGGAAUCCAAUGGACAUCCAAGAAACUAAUUUCCCAGAAAUUUUAGUCUAAAAAAAAUUUGCUAUAUCAUUUAUAUCUAUUACAUAACAUCUUUUUUUGACCUUGCAUUGUGUUGUCAUAAAUUUUCUCCACACAUUGUACCAUUUUCAUUUAUAUAGAUGAAUUUUGCCAUGCUUUUUGAAAGUGCUAAGUUUAGGCGUUUAAUUUAGAUUUCUGAAACAUGGCCAACACUGCAGUCUUUAUCUCUACUGUGUCCCUGUUUAUCGGUAUUUUUGUUGAUUUAGAUGCCAUAUCCAUAAUUUGCAAUAUCUUGUAGAAGAAUCUUACUUUCUUUUAAAUAAGAAAUUACUUAAAUUCAUAAAUACGCACGGAGCAGAUAUUCCCAUUCCAAAGUUCUCAGUAGCUUCGAUUCCUAUGAUCUGCUCUCAAAAUGAUGAAAAUGUACUCAAUAAUGUGCAUUUUGAUGCAACAUGUUUUGCUAUACUCAAUUCAUUGAUUUUUUAUAUAGUUUUUGUAGCUGUUGAUUUGUGUUGUAUAUUUUGUUCUACAUGUUAUGUAAAUAUUUGGAAUGUUUAUGAUUUCUUCGUAUUUUUAUAGAGAUCUUUGCAAUGGGAGAAGUUAUACGAAAAAAUUACAAAUAACUCUCUCUCCUUUUUGAAAAGGAAAGCAAUUUAACUAUUUAUUCACUGAAUAUUUUAUAAAUCAUGAAUUUUUUUUAUAAAGUUCAUUUAGCUAAAUUAAAUCGAUUAAUUAUUUCUUUGAUUUGCAUGUUCUAUUAACUUUUAUUAUUAAAUGUAUUUACACACUUUUAUUUGGCUUAAUUUGUUUCAUGCCAAAUGGAAUAUUGUAAUCGACUUUUUGCUCACUUGAUUGAAAAGUUAGUCGUAAAAUUCUGUAAACUUCUGUCUUCUCAAAGACAACACACUAUUAUAAUAUUUUCAGAAAAUUAAAUUAAUCUUUUAAUGAUAAUUCAUUUUUAUUACAUACGGAGGCGCCACUUGAUAGUGGUUAUGAGAAAAAUUAUUAUUAAGAUUCCAUGAUAUUUAUAAUAAUGUAUUCUAAAUUAAUGACUAAAAAAAUGAGAAGGAUUUGUUUUAAUUUUGUUAAUUGCUUUUUAAAUACUAUAUAAUAAAAGUAUGAUUUUAAAACUAAUUUUAUUCAAUUUAUUGAUUUAUAAACAAUUUCCAGCAGUAUUAGCAUACAACUUAACGCUAAAUAUACUUAAAAAUACAAGUCAAUAAAAAUGCAAUUUCUGUACAAAAUGAUUUUAAUGAUGCAAAUUUUUUGUAAUAGAUCAUCUGUAUUUUUCUAUCGAUGCAAAUAGUCAUUAUUUGAAUUGGAAAAGAAUGUAGUACCGCAUCUGCAUAGGUUCCACAAACUGUAUUAGAGUGAAAUGUACAAAAUUUGUGAAAAGUGUACAUAUCUUUAUACAUACACACGAAAUGAAAUCAAAGUUGUGUCUUUAUAUUUUUACUGAAGUGCUUUUUUGUGUGUGUGUGUUUUUGUCGAAGAUGUGCGAAACAGUCCGUUUUGUAUCAACAUAAAAUUAA